UGCAUAUUCUCUAAUUAUGUCCUGCGCGGCCACUGUACAUGACACUCACGCCAGGCAAUAUAUUGAAAUGGUAGCGUCUAUGGACGUUUUUCCGUACGGUCCCGAACCUGAUUAUUGCCGAAGAGCGUGAGGCCAUUUACCAAGAACAUUACAUUAUGGACAAAGCUAGAGGACCAUCAGACAUUAUGUAAUUUCCCCUCUAAAAUAGCAUCGCAGAGACUUGCUGCAGGUGCAGUGACACACCCUCCAGCUGCACCUUUCUGUCAGAAUGGUUCCCCUGGCAUUGUUAAGUUUAUGGAGAACACACUAACUUCUGUUCAGGUCGGUAUCGCAGGAUGCAACACCUCACGUCGCUGUCUGUCUGCCCUACUCUCUGGCGCUCAAUUCCGUGCAAACCAUCUGAGCUGCGUCUGGAUUUUGUCCUGCCGUGCGGCCAGUCUUUUCGGUGGAGAGAGCACAGUCCUGGGUACUGGUCCGGAGUAUUACACGGGCGCGUGUGGACCCUGACUCAGAAAGAGGAACACAUAUGGUACACGGUGUACCCCAACACAGGGGAAGAUGACAGCAAACCGCAGAAGGCAGCACAGAAGAGGGCCACAAAAAGAAAGUUUCCCCAUACUACCCCAGAUAGCGUCAAAACAGAGACUAUAAAAGAAGAGGUUGUGGAAGACUUCCAUCUAAAUGCUGAUUACAGGAAAGACUGCGAGACCUUACAGGAUUAUUUCCAGUUACACGUCUGUCUCCGUGAGCUCUACCGUCAGUGGGGGGAGUCCGACAAGAACUUCCAGAAAGUAGCCAAAGACUUUCCAGGCAUCCGGAUAUUGCGGCAGGAUCCCAUAGAAUGCCUCUUCUCAUUCAUCUGUACCUCCAACAACCACAUCUCGCGCAUCACAGGGAUGAUCGAGCGACUCUGCCACGCUCUGGGAAGAAGCUUGUGCCAACUCGACUCCGUGGAGUAUUAUUCAUUUCCCACCCUCCAGGCGCUGGCAGCUGAUGACACAGAGGCCAAGUUACGAGAGCUGGGAUUUGGGUACAGAGCAAAGUUCGUCAGUGAGAGUGCACGGACUAUUCUACAUAAACACGGCCCUGAUUGGUUGGAAAGCUUACGCCUGGUGCCCUAUAGAGAGGCAAAGUCUGCACUGUGUGCCUUGCCAGGGGUUGGAGCCAAAGUUGCGGAUUGCGUUUGCCUGAUGGCCCUUGAUAAAACAGAGGCUGUGCCUGUGGACACCCACGUCUGGCAAAUCGCUAAGAGAGACUAUCUGCCUCAACUCGGCCAGGGUAACAAGAGUCUCACUGACCGAGUGUACCGGGAGAUUGGAGAUUAUUUCCACAGCCUGUGGGGUCCUUACGCUGGCUGGGUCCAGGGAGUCUUAUUCUGUGCUGACCUUAAGAAAUUCCAGAGUUCAGAAGAAACCCCGAAACUUCCCAAACCAAAGACAAAAUCUAAAAAGAAAAUGAAAGAGGAAAGCUGAUCGUGAGGGUUUAUUCAUUUUUUUUUUUUUCAUGCAAGCCUGAUGAUGAAUUAUAUAUUGUCUUAUUAUAAGGUUUAUCAGCUUAUUGUAUUCCUGUUGGUGUCAUAGGGGUAUCAUUGGGGCAGAUGUACUAAGCCUUGGAGAGUGCUAAAGGGGGAGAGAGAGAAAGUACCAACCAAUCAGCUCCUGUUAUUUUUCAAGCAGUGCCUGUAACAUGACAGUUAGGAGCUGAUUGGCUGGUAUUUUAUCUCUCUUAACUUUAUCACUUUCCAAGGCUUAGUGCAUGGGUCUUCAACCUGCGACCCUCCAGCUGCUGUGGAACUACAUAUCCCAGCAUGCCCUGCCACAGUUUUGCUAUUAAGGCAUGCUAAAACUGGGGCAGGGUAUGCUGGGAUGUGUAGUUCCACAGCAGCUGGUGGGCCGCAGGUUGAGGACACAUAGCUUAGUACAUCUCUCCCCCGUGUGUCUUUUAUGUUUGUUAAUAAAAGAAAAAGUCAACAAA